AUGGUCAAGAAGGCUAUUGACUCGAGAGUACCCGCUUUGAUAAGAAAUGGGGCUCAAACCAAGCAGAGAUCGUUUUUUAUUAUCAUCGGUGACAGGGCUCGCAAUCAGUUGCCUAACUUGCAUUAUCUGAUGAUGAGCGCUGAUCUUAAGAUGAACAAAUCCGUCCUUUGGGCGUACAAGAAGAAGCUUUUGGGGUUCACGUCUCACCGAAAGAAACGAGAAGCCAAGAUAAAGAAAGAGAUUAAGAGAGGAACCAGAGAGGCAAAUGAUCAGGAUCCAUUCGAAAGCUUUAUCUCGAAUCAAAAUAUUAGAUAUGUCUACUACAAGGAGACAGAGAAGAUUUUGGGUAACACCUACGGUAUGUGUAUUCUGCAAGAUUUCGAAGCGCUGACGCCUAAUUUGUUGGCACGGACUGUGGAAACCGUGGAAGGGGGUGGUAUUGUAGUCAUUUUACUCAAAUCAAUGUCAUCAUUGAAACAACUAUACACUAUGACCAUGGAUGUUCACUCGAGAUACCGUACUGAGGCCCACAACGACGUCGUUGCACGAUUUAAUGAGAGGUUUAUACUUUCACUAGGCUCUAAUGAAAACUGUCUUGUGGUUGACGAUGAGCUGAACGUACUACCUGUAUCCGGUGCGAAGAAUGUCGUGGCUUUGCCACCUAAGGAGGAAGAUGAUGUCAAUCCAAAGACAGUUGAGCUGAAUACGUUGAAGGAAUCUUUGGAAGAUGUACAACCAGCCGGAUCGUUGGUCGCCCUGGCGAAGACGGUGAAUCAAGCUCACGCCGUUUUAUCUUUCAUUGAUGUUAUUUCUGAAAAAACUCUGGACACCACGGUUGCGCUGACCGCUGGGAGAGGUAGAGGUAAAUCAGCAGCGCUUGGAAUUGCUAUAGCGGCUGCUGUUUCUCACGGUUAUUCUAACAUUUUCGUAACAUCUCCUUCGCCAGAGAACUUAAGGACACUAUUUGAAUUCAUAUUCAGGGGCUUUGACGCUCUUGGGUAUCAAGAGCAUAUCGAUUACGAUAUAAUUCAAUCCACCAACCCAGAUUUCAAUAAAGCCAUCGUUAGGGUCGACAUCAAGAGAGAUCACAGACAAACAAUCCAAUAUAUCAUACCACAAGAUCACCACGUACUGGGUCAGGCAGAACUGGUUGUCAUUGAUGAGGCUGCAGCAAUUCCUCUUCAAAUCGUUAAAGACCUGCUAGGUCCAUAUUUGAUUUUCAUGGCAUCAACAAUUAACGGUUAUGAGGGUACUGGUAGAUCAUUGUCGCUGAAAUUGAUACAACAGCUACGUACUCAGGCUAACUCAACCGGUCGUGAGGUGUCUCAAACUGAGGUGGUUUCAAGAGACAGCUCACAAAAAAAUACCACACGUAGUGCUGGGCGCCAGUUACGGGAAAUCCUAUUGGAUGAGCCUAUUCGUUAUGCUCCAGGUGACCCAGUGGAGAAAUGGCUAAAUAAGCUUCUAUGUCUGGAUGUCACUCUCAUAAAGAACUCAAGGUUCGCCGCCAGGGGUACUCCACACCCUUCGCAAUGCAACUUGUUCAUUGUGAAUAGAGAUACAUUGUUCUCUUAUCAUCCAGUCUCAGAAUCUUUCCUCGAGAAAAUGAUGGCUCUAUAUGUGGCCUCGCAUUAUAAGAACUCUCCUAACGAUCUACAGCUAAUGAGUGAUGCACCAGCACAUCAACUCUUUGUGCUAUUGCCGCCAAUCGACCCGAAGGAUGGCGGUAGAGUUCCCGACCCUCUUUGUGUCAUUCAAGUCGCCCUGGAGGGGGAGAUAUCCAAAGAGAAUGUUAGAAACUCUCUUGCGCGUGGACACAGGGCAGGAGGGGAUCUAAUUCCUUGGUUGGUCUCUCAACAGUUCCAGGAUGAGGAGUUUGCUGGAAUGAGUGGUGCACGUAUUGUUAGAAUUGCUACAAACCCCGAAUACUCCUCGAUGGGGUACGGAUCUCGCGCUAUCCAGCUCUUGAGAGACUACUACGAAGGUAAAUUCACCGACAUGUCAGAGGACGUAAAGUCUAGGGAUUUCUCGAUCAAGAGGGUAAGCGAUCGAGAAUUAGAGAAGUCUAACCUAUUGAAAGACGAAAUCAAACUAAGGGACGCUAAAAGCUUGCCACCAUUACUUUUGAAACUGUCUGAACAACCACCAACUUUUCUGCAUUACCUGGGUGUCUCAUAUGGUUUAACACAGUCGCUGCUCAAGUUUUGGAGAAACAAUAGGUUCGUGCCAGUUUACCUGCGUCAGACUGCAAACGAUCUAACAGGUGAACAUAGUUGUGUUAUGCUUAAUGUACUGGAAGGGAGAGAUUCUAACUGGCUGGCGGAAUUUGCGCAGGAUUUCCACAAAAGGUUUUUGUCGCUACUUUCGUAUGACUUUCGCAAGUUUACGUCUGUACAUGCUUUGAGCGUCAUCGAAAGCGCAAAGAAAGCUCAAGAAUUAUCCGCGACCGAUUUUUCCACGAAGGAACUCACGAAAGAACAGCUGGAUGACUUAUUUUCACCUUUCGACCUGAAGAGACUCGAUGGCUACGCCAAUAAUCUCCUAGAUUACCAUGUUAUCGUUGAUAUGCUUCCAUGUCUUGCCUCGUUAUUUUUUGCAGGCAAAAUGGGCUCGUCUGUGAGCCUAUCCAGCGUUCAAAGCGCUAUCUUAUUAGCAAUCGGUUUGCAACACAAGGACAUCGACAAUAUAAGCAAAGAACUGAAUAUUCCUGCUAAUCAGGCAAUCGCAAUGUUUGCCAAGAUCAUGAGAAAAAUAUCAGUAUACUUCCGCCAGCUGCAGAGAGAUUCCAUUGCUGAAACAAUGCCUGCCACCAAGGACGAUCAGGUGGCUGAAAUGGACGGGGAAGAAAUAAAGUCCUACGAUGCUGCCAAGACGUUGGAUCAGAUGGAUCAGGACCUCGAAGAAGCUGGCUCCGAAGCUAUAGAUGCCAUGAGAGAGAAACAAAAAGAAAUGAUAAAUUCCCUAAAUCUGGAUAAGUAUGCCAUCGAUGAGAACAGUGAGGGAUGGAAGGAUUCACGCAAGAGUUUAGAAAAAGCUGCGAAAUCGAACGGCGUUGUCAGCGUCAAGACAGGGAAAAAGAGAAAGACAGAGAGUGCUGAGAACAUCUACAACGAAGAGAUGAAAUCUGUCAAGAAAGGGAAAAGUUCUAAGAAGCACAGGUAA